UUGAUCUGUUUUAUUUUCCACACUUCCUGUUUGUGUCUUUGGAUUUUGGAGGAAGAAUGUUUUUGUUUUUGUUGCUAAUAUGUUGCUCUCAAUAAAAACCUAUGAUGGGAUUUAUUUUAUUAAGUCUUUUUUUAACGAUUGCACAGAUCUUCAAUAAUCGGGUCACGGCCCUCUAGUGGGCAUGUGGAYGUACUGCAGGGGGUUCAUAAGAUAAUUGGUUUACUCAACGUUUUUAUUAUACAUUUUUUUUAAUUUCAGAGUUAUUUCUCAGUAUCAAAUGCAUGUUUUAUGUAGUUUUAUGUAGUUUUGUUUUAGCACUAAGCCUAGUUCAUUAUAAAACCAGUUUGUGAGGUUCUGGUGGUGAAGGAAAGUGUGUAUUUAUAUGUAUUUUUCCUCCAGUAGCCUACYUCAGAGUCAUUGCAGACCCCUGCCUUGUUAUAAACUGUGUGUAGUUGAAGUGGCGUGCAUGCGCAUGCUAACACCCCUCACAUGCUCCACCCCUUCCCCCACCUCCACCUCCACCUCCACCGUGGAUGCCUGCUCUGUUGCAUGCAUCAGCCCUCCCUCCCCACCGUUUCCUGGGCUCCUCCUGUCCCCGAGAUACGCCUCCGAAAACUGGUGGAUGAGCGGGAAAAGAUGAUUGAGCAGGUAAAGAAACUGAAGGCCCAGCUGGACCAGAAGGUCCAGAAGAACGGUGCAGACAGCGGUUCUAGUCCAGACGGGGAAAUAAUUGAAAACGGCAAUGACCCAAACAUCAUGGAUCUGCAGCGAGACUCCAGCAGGCAAAUAAAUGACCUGAAGUUCAAACUGGUGAAAGUGGAACAAGAGGCCACGGCUUUAGAACAAAACGUGAGCAGGCUGGAGGGCCAGGUGACGCGUUACAAYUCUGCUGCGGAGAACGCAGAGAAAGUGGAGGACGAGCUGAAGGCGGAGAAACGCAAACUGCAGAGAGAGCUGCGAUCGGCGCUGGAUAAGAUCGAAGAGCUGGAGUCCAGCAACAGCCACCUGUGUAAGAGGCUGGAGAAGAUGAAGACCACCCGCGGCAUGGCUCAGACCCCGUAAGAACCGAGGAGCCACGUCUCAUCCACCUGCCUGAGGGAAACUUUCAGAAAGUUCAGCCUAGUUUUCACCCAGUAGAAGACUUCGUCAUGAAACGUGCCAUUUUUUGUUCUCCUUCUCCCGUCGGAGGGGAGUUCUUCGUGAAGUCGUGCUCAACAUGGCUGCUCUGUUUUCUGCUGCUUCUCUUCGACACGUGGAGGAAUUUAAAACAGAGGCCUGGUUAACGUUUGCGUCCAGCGUUUCUCCCCUUUUCGCACCCAAAGCCCGUCUUUUUCUAGCGUUUCGGUUSGGGGCGACCCGAACGGCACGUUUUUAGGAUGAACGAGUUCCUGAGGCUCAGCUGCAGCUUUCAGCUCCUCUCUUUAAGCACAAACACUGUCGAGCUUCUGUCUGCUUCAUGUAGUCGGUCACUGGUUGGCUCGUGUGUGGAGACGCUGGGGGGGGACGCUGUUCACUGUUUACAAAGCUUUAAAACCAUGUUUGUAAGGACACAUGAAGAACUGUAACCUUUGUGCAAUAAAAAGGUCAAAAAUA